GCCGCGAUGGAAACUGCACAUGGACACCUCGGCCCGCGGUAGACAGUCGGAGGCUGCUCCAGCCCUUGUGCCGCCGCCCAGCCCAGCCCAGCUUCAGUCUAGCACAGUGUAGGAAGCCAGGUGCUGGUUUAAACCGAAGAUAAGACACAAAAAGCUGGAGGAACUCAGCGGGACAGUCAGAAUUUCUGGAGAGAAAGAAUUCGCAUGACGUUUCGGGUCGAGACCCUUCUUCAGACUGAUGUCAGGGGAGAGGGAGAUACGUAGAUAAGGAAGUGUAAGGUGUGAAAACAGGACAAAGGCACACAGCCCAGCCCAGCUCACCCCAGCCCGUCUCAGAGCGUCCCAGCCCAGCCCGGCAACUUUCCGUGCCGACCUAUGGCAGUCAGUGACAAGCCAUGGCCAAGCGCAGCUCGCUGUUUCUUCGGAUAGUCGAAGGGAAGAAAUUACCAGCCAAGGAUCUAACAGGAAGCAGUGAUCCAUACUGCAUUGUAAGAAUUGACAACGAGACAAUAAUCAGAACUGCAACAAUAUGGAAGACCCUGUCUCCCUUCUGGGGCGAGGAGUACAAUGUCCAUCUGCCCAGCACCUUCCACUCCAUUGCCUUUUACGUGAUGGAUGAGGAUGCGAUCAGCCGUGAUGACGUUAUUGGGAAAGUGUUGAUUGCCAAGGACGUUCUUACUGCCAACCCAAAAGGUGUGGACGGUUGGAUGUCCUUGAGUGAAAUUGAUCCAGACGAGGAAGUCCAAGGGGAGAUCCAUCUUCGGAUCGAAAUUUGCAGCAAUGGGUCAACAUCAAAGCUGCGCUGCCAUGUGUUUGAAGCAAGAGACCUGGCUCGGAAGGAUUUGAAUGGAGCCUCGGAUCCCUUUGUCAGAGUACAGUACAAUGGGAAGACCCAGGAAAGCUCUGUUGUGAAAAAGUCCUGUUACCCGCGUUGGAACGAGGUCUUUGAUUUUGCUCUGGAUGAUUCUGUGACAGAGAACACGUUAUAUGUGGAGGUGUGGGACUGGGACCUGGUCAGUAAAAAUGACUUCCUGGGAAAGGUGGCAUUCAACGUUAACAAGCUCCAGAUGAUCCAGCAGAAGGAAGGCUGGUUCCUGUUGCUUCCUGAUAAGGCAAAGAGGAAUGAGACUGAGGGAGCCCUGGGUUCGCUGCGUCUACAGCUGCGACUGCGGGAUGAGAGCGUUCUUCCUUCCAGUUACUACCAGCCCCUCACAGAGCUACUACUCCAGUCCACGACAACCAACAAUGGUGAAGAAGGGAACUUGCUGGCAAUGAUCGAUGAGCUCACCACCACUGAGAACAGGCAGGAGGUCGCAACCAAUCUGGUUAAACUCUUCCUGGGACAAGGGCUGGCAAAACACUUCUUAAACUUUGUCAUUAAGUUGGAGCUGGAUAGAACAACCGAACUAAAUACAUUGUUCCGAAACAAUUCUUUAGCUUCCAAAUCUAUGGAAUGUUUUUUAAAGGUGGCGGGGAUGCAAUAUUUGCACAAUAUCCUUGGACCAACCAUACACCGGGUGUUUGAAGAGAGAAAGUACGUGGAACUGGAUCCCAACAAACUGGAGUUCAAGGAAGCAGGUUGUUCAGGUCUCCACCGGUGCCAGACUGAGGCAGACAUAAUCCAGCAGAGCGCGCAGUGUCUCCAGUCCUACCUGACGGAACUGAUUGAAGCCAUUGUGAGCUCAGUGGAACAGUGCCCCUCGGUGAUCCGGGCCACCUUCAGAGAUCUCUUCAGAAGUGUGGGGGCAAGAUUCCCACAGGAUCGCUACCAGAACAUCAAGUAUGUGGCAGUCACAAGCUUUCUGUGCCUACGGUUCUUCUCACCAGCCAUCAUGUCUCCCAAACUGUUCUACCUUCGCCCCAAGCACCCAGAUGCACGGACCAGCAGGACGUUGCUGCUUCUGGCUAAGGUGAUCCAGAGUAUUGGCAACAUGGAUGCCAAUGAAGCUCGUGGAAAGGAAAUUUGGAUGGCACCAUUGCAGAACAAUAUUCAACAAGGGGUCACAUUAUUUAAAGAAUUCAUCAUCAAGUUAAUCGACAUUGAGGAGGAUCAAGAGCUGGAUUGUCAAAAGCGAGUGGCACUGCAAACAUCCACCAUCAAAGAAGGAUACCUGCUGAUGCACCGAGCCAAGGAGAGAGGCAUCCUCACGUCAUCUCACUUCAAAAAGCAUUAUUUUUGCUUGAACUGUGAAGCAUUGUGUUAUGCCAAAAUGCCAAACGCAAAGAACAGCGCAUUUAUUCCACUCUCCAAGAUCAUAGCCAUAGAGAAGGUGGACGAGAAGUGUUUUGGCAGCCCGUAUGUCAUGCAGAUCAUUUCAACGGACGGCAGAAGACAAUUUGAGAUCAUGUACUUGCAGUGCAAGAACGUGAAUGAAUUGAAUCAAUGGCUAUCCUCUUUACGGAAAUACUGUGUCAGCAAUAAACAAAUGCUGAACUCUUAUCAUCCUGGCGUGUUCAAAGGGGAGAAGUGGAGCUGCUGCCACCAAAAGGAGAAAACAGCUCCAGGGUGCGACAAAACCCAUUUUGGUGUGACACUCCAGGAGUGGAAUGAUCCUCUUAAUCCUGACUUAGAAUCUCAUCUGAUAUUCAGGCAACUGCUUGCAAUCAGGGGCAUGUUGACACAAAAAUACUUGGAAUGCAAAGGGAGGAGAGACACUACAGUCCCGAUCAGUUCUAAUGAAGGGUCCAAUACGGUGGAGAUCCCAAACAAACUCUUCCAGAUCAUCCAGGACCUGGAGCAGGCUCAACGGAGUUUUGAACGUUGGGAGACGUCACUGAACAAGAACAUGUCUGUCGAACUGCUGACAUAAUUUUAGCAGAAGAGGAAGUACUUGGGCUUGAUCGGAUGAAUGUUCCAAUUUCAUAAAAUAUUUUUAUUACUAUAUUGCAGCAGUAUUUAUAUCUCCUUGCAUUAAUAUUUGGCUCAGACAUUCUUAUCUGUUUUGAAUUAUGCAAAACAUAGUCCUUGGCAAAAAAAAAAUCUGUAAAUGUGUACUUUCUGUAAUUAAUCUAAUUGAAUUGUUUUGUAAAUGUAUUUGUGUCCCAUUGCACAUUGACGGAGUUCCUUACACUGCAGAACUGACUGGUGGCUUCCAAUUGAAGAGUCACGUGGUCACCAUGUUGCCAAUGUGGCCGCUGUACUCCGUGUCAUAGGCAACAAGACCUUCAGGGCCAUUCAACAAACGUCCGGCCAAUACCAGAUUCCUCACUCCAGGCGAACUACAGCUGCUCGUAUUGAAGUGAGACAUCGUCUGAUUGGGAGCAUCAGAUAUCCCAGACUCGCCUUCAAUUUGGAUGGCCCUUAUUUUCUUGACAAAAGAACAAACUUUUCGGUACAAGUGCAGACCAAAGUGCAUCCCAUACAUGAGAUCCAUGAAACUCCACUUACAUAGAUUGAAGGAAUUUCUCUUAACGGGAAAAGUGGAGUUUCUGCUCCUGAAAUCUUGGAUCCUGGAUCUUCAGCUCCCAUAGACUAGGUGAUCCCCUACUCCCUGGUAGAAUGUCUCCCAGCCUUCUGAUCCCAGUGUAUUUGGAGAUGUGCUUCCAAUUCAACAUUUAACUGUUUAAGUCCCAUUGUCAUUGGUGUAGAUUUGGACUCCUCAUUUGGUCCUCAAAUGCAUUUCCUCAUCCAUUUUCCUGGACAUUUUGGAUGGAAAUUACAAUGCUGCCUCAGACUUUGUUUUGUCCGACAUGCCUGUAGAUGUGGACCUGUUGACACUGGCUGCUGAAGGCAGUGCGGACCUCUCUACCGCUGCCCCACCCCCACGUCUGGGUUGAGAAAGGGGGUGGCAAAGAGCCAUGGUUCCUCUUCCAGGUUUCUGGACACAGUGGGAAUUGGCACCACCAACCACUGGCAGAAUAUAGAUGAAGAUUGCCUAUUUAGGUAAACUUUAUAUCAAAGUAAGUAAUCAAGAAAUGGUGUUUGGAUGCAGGUAACGGAUUAUAUUAGUUCAUUAUGCAGACAUUGUAUGUUGUCAGUAUAUGAUGUGGGAUAUAGACACUGCCAUCAGUACCAUAGUAUCUGGAUUAUAAUAGUCCAUGCAUCCUUCAAUAUCCAGCCUCACAUUAUGCAGUAUACAUUGUGAAAUCACAGCCCUCUAACAUUGCUUUCUACACACAUCAAACCACUGUAUUAUAGUCAGCUCAGACAAUCAGGCAACAUUAUAUAGGAAUGUCUAUGUUAUGACAAAUAGUACACACAGGCACAAUAUGUUGUAAAAUAGUUACUAAUAAUAUUUCAACUAUAUAUCAGUCACCUAUAAUAAGCACAGUUUAUGCAUUCACACAAAUCACACUUUGUUUCAGAUAUACAUUGGUAUAAUCUGGAAUGGCUACCAUGACUUAGAAUACCUUGCCUAAUCCUUCCGUGUUGUAUUAAACACAUCUUAGUGUGCAGCAUCCGAAGGAAUGGCAAUCAUUAUCUUCAGUGCUCGGAUAUCUUAUAAUAUUCUUCGGAAUCUAGCAGACCCAGCUGUCUGUCUGUCCAUUUACCUCCACAGAUGCAGCCUGACCAGCUGACCUCCUCCUACACUUUGUAUAGGAAGGAACUGCAGAUGCUGGUUUAAACCGAAGAUAGACAUAAAAACCUGGAGUAACUCAGCGGGACAGGCAGCAUCUCUGGAGAGAAGGAAUGGGUGACGUUUUGGCUUGAGACCCUUUUUCUCGACCCGAAACGUCACCCAUUCCUUCUCUCCAGAGAUGCUGCCUGUCCUGCUGAGUUACUCCAGCUUUUUGUGGCUAGUUUUUUGCUCAAUAUUUCAACAUCUGCAGUCUCUUGUGUCACCUUACUACCUCCUCUGUUCUAAGGAGUACAGUCCCAUUUUCUCCAAUCUAUCCACCUAAUGCAGUCCUUCAUCCUUUGUUUAAGAAAGAACGGCAGAUGCUGGAAAAAUCAUUUUGAUGAAAUUCUUCUGCACCCCUCCCUCUUUAUGUCUUUACAUCUUUUUCUUCUUAUUUCCCGUACGUGUUUUAUUCACCCUCGUUGCCUUUCCCAUCUCUCUAUAACCUCAAUUGCUUUUAUCGUCUGAGGUGAAUGGAGGACUCGAAUUGCCGUCCCUCCUGCAUUGCUGAUGCUGAUGUACCACUCACUGACAUCUGCACCACCACCGCCUGGGACCGAAGCUCUCACGCCGAGAACGUCCUGGAGCCACGUCCCACCUUUAGAAGAGAAAAACAAGGACCUGCAAGUGCUGGUUUACAAAAAAAGACACAAAAUGCUGGAGUAACUCAGCGGGUCAUGCAGCAUGCCUGAAAAACACCGAUAAGAGAAUCUGAAGAAGGGUCCCACCAUGAAACAUUGCCUAGUCUGAAGAAGGGUCUCAACCCAAAAUCUCGCCCAACCUAUGCUCUGGAGCCAUGUUCUCCAGUGAUGCUGCCUGACCCGCUGAGUUACUCCGCCACUUAUUGUCUUUUUUUUCCCCCCCCUUUGGAACAUUUAAUCACAUCCGUCUAUCAGACCAAGCUUUUGAUUUUCUGACCUUGUGUGGUUUGGUAUCAGAAUUGAUAUGAUAAUUGCUUUGGUGAGGCACCUUGGAAUGAUUAACUACGUUGUAUUCAUGUAUUGUAUUUUCUUAUUUAAUUGGACAGCACACAAACCAAAGCAUUUCACUGUAUCUUGGUACACAUGACAAUAAUAAACCAUUGCCAAUGGUA